UUUUUUUUUGUUUUUGUUUUCCCAGAGCUCUAAACCUUCAAGCUCAAGCCCAUUAACUCCUUCUUCUACCUCCAAUUUUCCCCUGUAACCAAAAUUCAAAUUUUUAUUUUUAUUUUUGAUUUUUCUUCCAAAUUCCCCAGAAAUUUUCAAUUCGGAAACCCUAGAUUCGAGUUUUCUUAGCGUUUCUCGGCCUUUCUCUCGCCCUUUACUUCUUUAGAUCCGUCAGUAAAGGGUCCGUGUCUUCCUAGUGGAUCUAACUGCCAAUUUAUGUAGAUUUUGCUUCUAUUAUCAUCCCUUUUAAAGUUUCCAGGUUUUGGGCAAGCAUUCAGUUUAGUUGUUUUCUAGCGCUGAUGGAACUGUUGCAAGUCUUCUUCUUUGCUGGAGUCUCCUAUUGAGAUGGAUUCCCCUAUUGCAGCUGUGAUGCCUACUACACCUAUUGAUAACAAUGAACCACCUGGUUCAGAAACUCAGCCUAAUAAGCGUAGGAGAAAGAAGUCUAUUGUGUGGGAAUACUUCACUGUAGAAACUGUUGGAGCUGGAUGUACUAGGGCCUGCUGCAAGCAAUGCAAGAAAUCAUUUGCUUACAUUACCGGUUCAAAGCUAGCUGGAACCAGCCACCUCAAACGACAUAUUACCAUGGGAAUAUGCCCAGUAAGCCGCCAGAAAAAUCAACAAUCUCCAUAUACUCCAAAUUCCAAAACAGGGAAUGCCACUGAUCCUCCCAAAAGACGCUACAGAUCACCUGCUGGAAUUGCUAGCAUCCCUUUCAAUCAGGAUCGCUGCAGCCAUGAAAUAGCUAAGAUGAUCAUAAUGCAUGAUUAUCCCCCGCACAUUGUUGAACAUUCUGGUUUUGUUGAUUUCGUUCAUACUCUUCAACCCCAGUUUAAUGUGGUCAGCUUCAACACCAUCCAAGGGGAUUGUGUGGCAAUGUACCUGAGAGAGAAGCAAAGCCUUUUGAAUUUUAUCAGUGAAAUUCCUGGACGUGUGAACCUUACAUUGGAUUUGUGGACUUCAAAUCAAACUGUUGGCUAUGCAGUCCUAACAGGGUACUUCAUUGAUGGUGAUUGGAAUUUGCAUCGUCGGAUUCUUAAUGUUGUUAUGGUUCCUUCACCAGAUUCAGAUGUUGCCUUUAAUCAAGCUCUUGUGACUUGCCUAUCUGACUGGCAUCUGGAGAGCAAGUUGCUGACCCUCACACUUGAUCGCUCCUUUUCAAAUGAAACCAUAAAUCAACAUCUCAGAGGCUGCCUUCCUGUCAAGAAUCCACUUAUGUUGAAUGGUCAGUUGUUAAUAGGGAAUUGCUAUGCUCGCGUUAUAAGUCGUUUGGCACAGGCUGCAAUAGGAGCAACCGGGGCAGCUGUCAAGAAAAUCCGUGAUAGUGUAAAGUAUGUCAAAACUUCAGAUGCUCAUGAAGAGAAGUUUCUUGAGCUGAAGGAACAACUUCGAGUGCCCAGCACAAAAGAACUCUUCAUUGACGACCAAACUAAAUGGAACACAACUUUCCAUAUGCUGGUGGCUGCUAAUGAGCUAAAGCAAGUAUUUUCUUGUUUAGAAACCUAUGAUCCCGAUUACCACAUAGUCCCCCCAUCGAUGGAUGAGUGGAAGCAGGUAGAAAUUCUCUGCAUAUACUUGAGGUCUUUCUUUGAUGCAGCCAACAUAGUAACUUCUCCGAUAUACCCAACUGCCAGUGCCUUCUACCAUGAAGUGUCAAAAAUUCAAUUAGAGUUGACACAAGCAGCCAUGAGUGAAGAUCCCUUUGUCAGCUAUCUGACCAGACCUUUGAAAGAAAAGUUCAAUGAAUAUUGGAGAGAAUGCUUUCUUGUUUUGGCGAUUGCUGUUGUUAUCGAUCCAAGGUUCAAAAUGAAGCUCAUUGAGUUCAGUUUCUCUAGGAUAUAUGGUGAGGAUGCUGAGACGUGGAUCAAGGUUGUUGAUGAUGGCAUUCAUGAACUCUUUGAUGAAUAUCUUGUGCAUGCACUUCCUCCUCCAGAUGCUUUUAUGGAAGAAACAAAUGAGGUCCUCCCAAAAACUGAAACUAUUCAAGAACAAAUCCCCCAAGAAGACGCUCAACUAGAAGAUAUCCCUGAAGAAGGAACCUAUCAGGAAGGACAUCCUCAAGAAGGGAACUAUCAAGGACACUAUCAAGAAGGAAAUCCUCAAGAAGCACACUAUCAAGAAGGAAAUCCUCAAGAAGGGACCUAUCAAGAAGGAAAUACUCAAGAAGUGAUCUAUCAAGAAGGAAAUACCCAAGAAGUGAUCUAUCAAGAAGGAAAUACUCAAGAAGGGACCUAUCAAGAAGGGACCCAUCAAGGACUUUCUGAAGAAUUACCGCAUAGCUCUCAAGAAAUGCCUCUUAUUACUAUUGGAGAUGGGCUCUCAGAUUUUGAAGUCUACAUCUGUGAGCUUGCAAGUACUCAGCCAUCGAAAUCAGAAUUAGAUCAGUAUCUUGAAGAAUCACUGUUGCCUCGUGCACAAGAGUUUGAUAUUUUGGAUUGGUGGAAACUAAACCAACUGAAGUAUCCAACUCUUUCCAAGAUGGCUUCUGAUAUUUUGUCAAUACCAUUGUCUACAGUUGCUCCUGAUUCUGUGUUCGACACUACUAGCAAGAAGAUGGAUGCCUACCGGACUUCACUGCGUCCAGUGACAUUGGAGGCUCUGAUUUGUGCCAAGGAUUGGUUCCAGUAUGCAUCAUUAUCAUCUGAUUUCACUAAUUCAAUUGUGAAAAUGGAAUUUUAGGGGUUUAGGUUUUGUUUUCCUCUUACAGGAUAGAUGGUUUUGCUCCCAAGGUUUUUAGGUGUUGGUUGAUAGCAGUUGUCAUUUAGUUUUUGUUUUCCUUUUUUCCUACUGUGAUCUUUGUUAUUAUGAAAUAUUUUUAGUGUAGGAUACAAUUAUGCUGCUUUAGGAAUUGCUGAUUUGCUAGUGUUCAUGAAUGCAGUGAAUUAAAGUUCAAGUUAAUGUCAUAUCUUGCUAACUUCAGCUAUCCUUGGCCCUGAAUUUAGUUUUCGGCUAUUAUUA